AUGGACCUAUGUUCCUUUGCGACAGCGAGCGAAGGGGACGAGGACAAAAUCGAAGUUCCGGUGAGCGAGGGAGAGUGGGACACCGAGGCGACAAGUGGCGAAGAGACGGACGGCGAAGGGACAGACGUCGAAGACGCGGACGAAGAAGAGACAAACGACGAAGAGACAGACGACGAGGCGAUAGAUGGCGAGACGAGAGACAGCGAAGGGACAGACGUCGAAGACGCGGACGAAGAAGCGGGAGAUGGCGAAGUGGCCGAAGGCAAAGAGGGAGACGUGGCAGAUAAGUCUCUACCCAUGGCCGCAGUACCGGCCUGGGAAAUGAAACCCAAGCCGACGGCCAAAAGAAGCCUGGGCUUCAUGGUAAUGGGUUGGAUGGAUGUUGUUGAGGAGAGGAGAGGAGAGGAGAGGAGAGGAGAGGAGAGGAGAGGAGAGGAGAGGAGAGGAGAGGAGAGGAGGGAGGAUGGCUGA